CAGUGUCACCAACAUUGCACAUUUUACCUUAUUGACCUCGGUUGGAUGAUGUGAUAAUGGCAGUACUUAGUAGAGGAUAUGCUGUAGUAGCGUGGAAUUGGGGGGUGUUACUUCAACAAAGACGGAAUAUUAUGUCAUCCAUCUUUCGGGCAGAAAAAGCGAUAGAAGACUUGCAAAAUAAUCCAUACUACGAGAAAUACUGCAGGAAGAUAACAGCAUUUCAGAAUACAUCUCCAGGAGAAUUUAUGACCCGGCUGAGAGAACAUAAGGAACAAAAUACUACAAUUAAACAAGCAUAUGGCGAAGAAAGAGAGUUUUCAUCAUUAUUACAUCCCAAAGAAGACAUUGCAAAAUGCCACUCUCCUACAUUCACAAAACAAAAGGUACUGAAUGAUGUUAUGAAAAUGGAACUAGUUGCAGAUAAGAAGUGUGAAGAAAUAAAACAGAUCUGGGAAGAAUAUCACAAACAAAAGGAAGUCAUUGCAGCAGCAGUACCCAGCAUAGUGUACGAUACCAUAAAUUUAAGAAGCCAGCAAUUUCCAGUAUUUGUAUUUCCACUUCCACGAGACAGAGGAUAUGAGUUCAUCUUAUGUCAGUUUUCUGGCCAUGAAGCUCAUUUUACACCUCUUAUUAAUUAUCAGGCUCAUAAGGAAAAUGCCCCAGAGUGCUUGACUAUGACUCAUUAUACUGACUUAAAAGAGAAGGGACUAGUGCUGAUGCGUGGAGAAUACAAUAAGGAUAUUCUUAAUGGAACAGAGGCCCAGUGUUUAGCAAACCAACUGCAGCUGUACUAUGGCCAAGAUAAUGCAAAGAGAUUGAAGCUUUUAGAACGAUUCACUUAUACACCACAGGAAUUCAAGCAUAUGGAUCUCAUAGCCGAACUUGAGUGUCUGUCUCUAUAAAUAAUGUGUUCUAGAUUUCCUCAUGUUUCAUAUUUGAUGGGUUUAGAGCAUUAUAUGUAGUUUUAGACAGUGAGAGUUACUGGUUAAUAAAUAGUUUACAUUUAAACAAAGUUUUAAAGUUUCUGAUGAUGGUAGCAUUACGAUCUAUAAAAGUGGUAUUUUGGACAUGUCCUUUUGUCCAUAUCUGAGGGCAGCUCAACCAGCAGGCCCAACAUUAGGGUCUCUGUCUUUACAUGAAGACAAAAGAAGAUCCAGCUUCCAAAAUGUAAUUUAUUGAAAAAGUCCAAAAUACCACUUUACAGAUUAGUUUACAUUUCUCUCAAUACGUCUUGACUUUUAUGAGACCAAAAUAUUUGUUUCUGCCAUAAACUCUAAACUUCCUGAAUAAAAAAAGUUGUCAGUUAAUCUGUGAAUAAAAAGUGAACAAUGACUUUUCUUUUCCAUCAUGUCACAUCACCUCACAUGAUAAAAUAUAAUUCUGAAGGAAAAGGCUACAAAAUUAGACCCACAAAGUCAUAAAAGAAAAUGUACUCAUUCUGUAGAAAGAGCAAGA